UCUAGUCAUCGUUUUUUAUUUUGAUUGUAUUUAUAAAUAGUGGUUAGAUAUUUUAAAGAAAAUGGUUUGUACAGUUUAAUAAAACCAUGUCUAUGAAAGGACACCAACAGGCCAAUAACUGCGCUGUUGCAAAUCAUGUUUACAAUGCAACUAUCAAGAAAUCCGCUCAAUCAGAUCAAAUUCCUCUUGAAUGUGCAGAAAAUAGUGCAAAAAUGUGUCUAUGUAGCUCCUUACACCACAACAGUUGACGCUCUAGAUAUAUUUACUUCAGAACUGUUGCAUAAACACCGAAGCCGGACGAACAGAUUAACGUUAAAUAAUUUGAACAUAAGAUAUUGUACAGAUACCGACAAUCAAGAUGUGUCUCAAAUGACUACUGAACGACUAGAUUUAACUAUUAAUGAACUAAUAUCUAAGAAUAAAGAAAAGCAAAUCCUGCAGAUGGUACAAGAUUGCUUGAACUACCGGAAAUAUAUUCCCAUGCAAACUGUGAAAAAACUGUGCAGAAUAUACAGUGAUACAGGGAAACCGGAAUACGUUAACAUUUUGCAGCAAUAUUGUGCAAAAGUUGAUCCGGUUAUAUAUAAGCGUAACGGUGAAUUCCUUCACUAUCUUGCUAAAGCUCAAUGCAUGAAAGGAAAUUCCGAUAAGGGCCUUGCACUGUUAAAAGAUGUAUAUACUAAAUAUCCGAGUUUACGGAGUAUAUGUAGAGUCAUAUUCAAUGAGCUGAUCCAAGACUCCAUACUAAACAGAUCGGAAGCUAGUUUAGUAAUAUUUAAGAAAUAUGUGUUGAUGUUUAGCAAAGAGUUUGACGAUUAUUAUCCGUUAGUGUGCUUCUGGCACUUGAGUUGGUCAAGCUCUUGGUUUUCCGAUCAUAUGUUAUCGGAUGAACUUCUGGAAUCUUCUGAAGGAUUAAGGGAUAUUAUCAGGGACAAGGCAACAGCAUUCACAAUCUGCAUCCUACGGGACGAAUACAACGAGGACGCGGUGCUGAGACUCCUGCAGAGCUUGCUGAAGUAUACCAUGAUGGUGGAAUAUGCCAGAGUACUGCAAAUUCUGUUCAAUUACAAGUUAAGAAAUAGAGACAUGCGAGGGUGUGCCGAGAUCGUGCGGAACUGCGAAACGCUCGGCAUCAGUCUCCCCUCCAACCACCAAGAAAAGUACAUCAAAUUGUUAAUACAGGGCAAAGACAAGUCUGAGGACAAGCCGCCCAAGGACUUUAAACUCAAGUUUUAGAACCGCUGUCAAUAGU